AUGGAGCCGUCUCCUCUUCCCGCAUCCACUCGCGUCGCCCUCCGUGAUCCUCACUGGCUCGCGGCGGUGCAGGAAGAGUUCGACACUCUUCAGCGGAACCGUACUUGGACGCUGGUUCCCCUGCCUCCUCGCGCCAAUGUCAUCACGGACAAGUUGGUCUUUCGCCACAAGACCCGCUCGGAUGGUAACCUUGAGCGCUACAAGGCUUGGGUGCGGCCCCGGCCGUCGACGGCGACGCGUCGUCGACAUCGGAGCCUCGUCCGUUCCGCGAGGCGCGAGCUUAUAAAAUGGCUGCUGAGGAGCUUCAUUUCUGCAAACGGUGCGUCCAUCUCAAAUCAGAAGCUAUCGGAUCAACGAAGAAGAGCAGUACAGCCGUGCUUAAUCGAGUGCAAGGUCCCGCCCGCAUCAUCUCAUCAAGGACCGGUGUCGUUUCUGGGAGGAUCGUUGAACGUGACGAGGAGCAUUGACAGCCGGAAGAGGAUGGACGGGAAGAGCAGCGGCGGGUCGUGGCGGCAAGCGCCGGCGCCGGUGAGGCAGCUGUUCCGGAGGGUGAGGCGCGCCGUGCUGCGGCCGAAGCGCCGCGCCGCGAGCUUCGGAUACGACCUCAAGAGCUAUUCCCAGAACUUCGACGACGGCCUCGUCCCUGCCCACCGCCUCUAGCAACACCGGCUGGGAAAUAGUACUAUUAUCUUCUUCAUAUUUUCAUUUUUGUUACUUGCCGCGCGGCCGGACUACGCGGCUCGUGGCUGGAGAGUUGAAGCGUCGCCACCUUCUGAAUUCUGAUCCUCUCCUCUAGCUUAGCUGAUAGCGUAAGUAUUAGCCAGUACUCUUUGUACACAGGAUGCCUUUUGUUUAGGUCUGAAACUAGCAAUGAAAUGACAGAGUGUAUAUAUCUAUGUGGUUCUAUGUGCUCUGCAUGCCGAAGCGAGCGAGACCACUGUCAGGUGCCUGUUACUGUCCAUUUCCUUCAGUUAUCUACAGUAAAAGUGUACACCUGUGAUGGACGUUGCAGAUGAGGCGGU